UCAAUAAUCAAACUCAAGAUGUGGAAGAUAGACGCAGGGGUUUUAAAAAUUGGUGGCAAACAAGCAGUUGAUGAAAAUGGAAAGAAAUAUCCGAAGGUUAAAUCCGUCAAAGAGAGUAAAUUUGUCUACUUGAUUUAUUUCAUUGGUCAGAAGAAGGGGCUUAAACUGGGCAAAGACAAAUAUACAGGUUCCAUUGAAGUAAUCAAAAGUUUUCAGGCCAAACCCUCCAGAAAAAUAACCAAAGAAAAAGAGAACAGACUGCCAGAAGUAACCCAUAUUGAGCCCAGUUUUGGUAAAUCUGUUGAAGAUGAUAAAUUGAUUGGUGAAUUUACUGUUGAUGCUCAGACCCUUUCUAGCCCACCACAGGAAUAUUUAUGCAGGACAGUAAGAGAGGACUGGGUUGUGGAGAUAAGAAAUAAGAUACGUGAGCAAGCAGCAAUCCCACAGGGGACACAUCUGCCUGUGCUAGUGGACCCAUCACAGAAAAAAAAAUCAGACGCAAAUUUGUUCCUGAAGUUUUCACUGCCUACUGCAACUCACUGACAGCAAUACCAGUGUGUAGUAAUGGUGAAGAGUCAGAAGUUUCUGCUCCAGAACAAGUGGACAUAGAUGAAGCAGCAGCAGCUGAUACACAACCACCUGUUACUCAAUCCUCACCUCAAAAUUUUCAAAUAAAUAUUGUUAUAAAAAGUAAGGGAAAGGAAAUUGUAAUUACUGAGGAAGCACAGAAAGUUAUUGAUUUUCAUAAAUCUAUUUUAGAUAAAGCUCUUACAAAAGUACUUCCUUUGGAAGAGUAAAGUAAUUAAAUAUUAAUGUAAUUUAUAAUUCACUUCUAAACAAUUUUCUAAAAGCUUCAUUAUAAUGUCCUCCAUUAUAUACACUAGCUGUAGUGUAAUAGAUUAAAAAAAAAUAAUCUGAAAAUAAAUAUCAUUUUCUUUGUAAAAAUAGAAUAAUCAAUUAAGAUUAAGCGAGGACUACACUAGUAGAUAGGAGUUGACAAACUUAUUUUGAAAUGUAAUUUUGAUUGGGUCAACAGUGGAAAUCACAUGAAAUUUUUUACAUUGUCCCACAAAAUAAAAAUAAAAAAUAUUUCGACUUAAACGUCAGAUAAAAACAGACAAAUUUUUUACAUUUACUCACAAUAUCCUGCUCCUGAAAAUGUUAAUAGAUAUGACUCAGAAGCUGAGACACAAACACCUGCUCCUGAACCUUCAACUCAAAACUUGAUAUUGAUAUUAAAACUAAGGGAAAGGAAAUUGUAAUUACUGAGGAAGCCCAGAUAGUUGUUUAUUUUCAUAAAUCUAUUCCAGAUAAAGCUCUAACAAAAGAAGUGGGUUUGAAAAGUAAAAUAAACCUUUAAUGUAAUUUAUAAGUCAAAACUAAGGGAAAGGAAAUUGUAAUAACUGAGGAAGCCCACAGA